CUUUAAAACUUGGCAAUGAGUUGACGUGUAAUAAUUAAUAAAUUCUAAAAGAAAUGUCUGAAAGUACAACGCAAAUUAAACCUGUUUUACCAAUAAAUUCCGGUCAACUAUUUUUUGAGGAUUCUAAGGAGUUAAUUUUAUGUAAACCACGAUUAAUGCCAUUAAAAAGUUUAACAUUAGAAAAAUUAGAAAAAAUGCAACAAUUAGUUGAAAGCGAAAUGAAAGUGAAUGCUAAUUUAAAUGUAGAUACAAAAUAA